AUGUUUGUUAACGGAGCCUCUGAGCAUGUUGCUGAAUACAUCCCAGAAAAAGUGAAGAAAGCAGAAAAGAAACUAGAAGACAAUUCAUAUGACCUUACCGCUUGGAGCAUUCUGAUUAGAGAGGCACAGAGUCAAUCUAUAGAAAAAGCACGAAAGACACAUGAACGCCUUGUUGCUCAGUUCCCCAGUUCUGGCAGAUUCUGGAAACUGUACAUUGAAGCAGAGAUUAAAACUAAAAAUUUUGACAAGGCUGAAAAGUUAUUUCAGAGAUGCCUUAUAAAAGUUUUACAUAUUGACUUGUGGAAGUGUUACCUGACAUAUAUCAGAGAAACCAAGGCUAGACUCCCCAGUUUCAAAGAAAAAAUGGCACAAGCAUAUGACUUUGCUUUGGAUAAAAUUGGAAUGGAGAUUAUGUCUCAUCAAAUUUGGAUGGAUUACAUCAAUUUCUUGAAAGGGGUGGAAGCUAUUGGAUCUUAUGCAGAAAACCAAAGAAUAACAGCUGUUCGAAGAGUUUAUCAACGUGGUUGUGUUAAUCCAAUGAUCAAUAUUGAGCAACUUUGGAGGGACUAUAAUAAAUAUGAAGAGGGCAUCAACGUACAUCUAGCUAAAAAAAUGAUUGAUGAUAGAAGCAGAGAUUACAUGAAUGCAAGACGUGUGGCAAAGGAGUAUGAAACAGUCUUGAAAGGUUUAGACCGCAAUGCUCCUUCAGUACCUCCACAGAAUACUCCCCAAGAAGCUCAGCAAGUAGACAUGUGGAAGAAAUACAUCCAGUGGGAAAAGAACAAUCCACUCCGAACAGAAGAUCAUACACUCAUAACAAAAAGGGUGAUAUUUGCAUAUGAGCAGUGCCUGCUAGUGCUGGGUCAUCACCCAGAUAUUUGGCACGAAGCUGCCCAGUACCUGGAGCAGUCCAGUAAGCUGUUGGCUGAGAAAGGGGACAUGAACAAUGCCAAAUUAUUUAGCAAUGAAGCUGCUAAUAUAUACGAAAGAGCUAUCAGCUCUUUACUGAAGAAAAAUAUGCUACUUCAUUUUGCAUAUGCAGAUUAUGAAGAAAGCCGAAUGAAAUACGAGAAGGUACAUAGCAUAUACAAUCGACUUCUGGUUAUUGAAGAUAUUGAUCCUACUCUGGUUUAUAUCCAGUAUAUGAAAUUUGCAAGGCGAGCAGAAGGCAUCAAAGCUGGAAGAAUGGUAUUUAAAAGAGCAAGAGGAGACACUAGAGCACGCUACCAUAUCUAUGUUUCUGCAGCAUUAACGGAGUACUACUGUAGUAAAGAUAAAAUAGUGGCCUUUAAGAUUUUUGAGCUGGGGUUAAAAAAAUAUGGGAACAUUCCAGAUUAUGUAUUAGCCUAUAUUGACUACCUCUCUCACCUUAAUGAGGACAAUAAUACACGAGUUUUGUUUGAACGAGUAUUGACAUCUGGAGUCCUUCCACCUGACAAAUCUGGAGAAAUCUGGGCCAGAUAUCUAGCUUUUGAAAGUAGCUAUGGUGAUCUAGUCAGUAUCCUGAAAGUGGAGAAGAGACUGUUCACAGCGUUCAAGGAAGAAUAUGAAUGCAAGGAAACAGCCUUACUGGUUGAUAGAUACAAGUUCCUGGAUUUGUAUCCCUGCUGUACAAGUGAACUAAAGGCUUUUGGCUAUAAAGAUGUUUCUCGGACCAAGCUAAGGACCAUCAUUCCUGACCCCAUGGUAACUCCUUCUGUAGGGUCUGUUCUUAAAAAUGAAGAGGAUAGAAAACCUAAAUACCCCAGGCCAGACGUCCGGCAGAUGAUACCCUUUCAGCCAAGGCACGUCGCACCCCCAGGCUUACACCCUGUGUCUGGUGGAGUGUUUCCAGUGCCACCUGCUGCUGUACUUUUAAUGAAACUCCUCCCUCCUCCAGUCUGUUUCCAGGGUCCUUUUGUGCAAGUAGAUGAAUUGAUGGAAAUUUUCCGAAGAUGUGAGAUCCCAAGCACUCUUGAUGAAGCUGUGAGGAUCAUUACUGGAAGAGAACCGUACCGGGCCAGGGACCGGAACAAUUUUCUGGAAAGCAGUGACACACUGAAAAGAGUAGCCAAACGACCCAAUGAAGACAUGAAUGAGGAAGAAAGAAAACACAAAGCAAGGCCACCCGUCCACGACAUCUACAGAGCCCGGCAACAGAAGAGAAUCCGGUGA